GCCGUGCGUUGCACAUAAGUAAUGCACAUGAAGGUCGAAAGUAGGCCCAGGAUCGCGUCGCGGCGCGUCGUGCAUGCGUGACACCACGCGUCAGUCACGAGACUUGAGGCUCCUGGUUUCGCUCGCCGUUCGACCUUCGAAUGGGAACAUCAUCUCUGACUCUGCACUUGGCCGCACUUUCACACAAUGUCGACCGCAGGGACCGAAGUCAGACGGCACUCAGUCAGCUCCGGUGGGCGAACUCUGCGCGUUGAGGAAACCCCUGGCCCAGAGCGGCAGCGUGGACCAUUCCACGGGCGACUUCACUUCUAUCGGGUGCUCUUCCAGGAUCUGUCCGGGUGGUACUAGUAGUGAAUACCAUCGCACUCCAAUUUUAUCGUGCAUUGUUUCCGACAUCUCCUUCUGUGGAUCGAAAGGCGGCGAUAUACUUUACCUCCCGGAUCCAUCCGACUUCGCUGGCCUUGUCUCGGUAGGCAGAUCCCACCAGCGCGACCUAGGCUUGGGUCGAGGACGUUGGCAGACAGGGGGCAUCCUGUCCGACGUGAGAAUGAUAGCAGAACCAGAUCGCCCCGGCGAGUAUGUCGACAUCCCAUCGAUCCUGCUGUGCACUCCGAGCUGCGCUGGAUGGUCUAGGACACCGGAGGGGAGCACGCUCAAGGACUGGAAGGCGUGGAAGGCGGAAACAUCGUUGUACGGUCCCCGCACAGCUCUGCUGAGUCGAAACAGUUCGUUACGUGUGAUGUGCAAGUAAUCUCAGCGGUUUGCCCGCAAUGCGGCGUAUACAAAGUUGAUCAUCCAAUACGCCCGAGGCACAAAACCCGCUGUACCUCCUUGACACUGACGGAUCUAUGGUAUGUGUUACAUCUCAUGUGAAUCUAAUGUUCGUGGGCAUCUAGGGCCGCUUCCGAAUGUGACACCGGGAGCGCAAAGCUCUGCGCGCUGAAAGAUUUCAUUGGCCUCCUAUCGCCGGUGCGCGUCAUUGCACGGAUGCAUCCUGGAGUGUCGGUCGCCUACACCGCCAUAAUCGGUGG